AAACAGGUUUGCAUCAGAGGUGGUGGAGGUGUGGUUAGUUAGCUGUUAAAACCGAGCGCGCCAAGGGGCAGGCAUCCAUCCAUCCAUCAGCACCGUCACCACAAGCCCACACCCACACACACCGUUGGCGCGCGCGUCGCGUAGCUCACUUUACACCUACCUUGAGGUUCCGUUCCACGGCCGUGGCGCUGUGCCCGGCGCGGGGUGGCUGCCGCCAUGGCUUUUGCUUUGUAAAACUGGUGGUGAACCAGUGGCAGUGAUGAAGUCAUGACCAGGGGAAGAGGGAGGCCUGCCAGCCUAAACCUUUUUCCCACCAACUCAGCCCUCUAGAAGGCCUCCCCGAUCCAGUCAAGUGCCUAUAAAAUCCAGCCCCUUCACCCACCCUUCGCUCGCAGCAGCAACAACCUCCACUGCUGCAACUCACCGAGAGGGAAGGGAAAGAAAGCGGCGGCAAAAGGGAGGAGGAACAGCGGAGGAAAAGGAUCAAGAAAUCAUCGGCUGGUCGGCGUCGGUCGUCAUGGGGAGGUCGCCGUGCUGCGAGAAGGCGCACACCAACAAGGGCGCCUGGACCAAGGAGGAGGACGACCGGCUCGUUGCGUACAUCAAGGCGCACGGCGAGGGGUGCUGGCGCUCGCUGCCCAAGGCCGCCGGUCUCCUGCGAUGCGGCAAGAGCUGCCGACUCCGGUGGAUCAACUACCUCCGGCCCGACCUCAAGCGCGGCAACUUCAUGGAGGAGGAGGACGAACUCAUCAUCAAGCUCCACAGUCUCCUCGGCAACAAAUGGUCCCUGAUUGCUGGGAGGCUGCCGGGAAGGACAGACAACGAGAUCAAGAACUACUGGAACACGCACAUCAGGAGGAAGCUGCUGAGCCGGGGGAUCGAUCCAGUAACCCACCGGCCGAUCAACGAGCACGCAUCCAACAUAACCAUAUCGUUCGAGGCUGCGGCGGCGGCGGCGGCGGCGGCGCUGGAGGAGAAGGGCGCCGUGUUCCGGCUAGAGGAGGCGAAGGCGACGUCGAUCAGCCGCGACCAGAACCUCGCCGACUGGGGCCAGGGGAAGCCGCUCAAGUGCCCCGACCUGAACCUGGACCUCUGCAUCAGCCCCCCGUGCCAGGAGGAGCCCAUGAAGCCGGUGAAGAGGGAGACCGACCUCUGCUUCAGCUGCAGCCUGGGGCUCCCCAAGAGCACCGAGUGCAAGUGCAGCAACUUCCUGGGGCUCAGGUCCGCCAUGCUAGACUUCAGAAGCCUUGAGAUGAAAUGAGCAUCUCCUUCCUCUCUUCGUUGUCACUUGGAUAUGUGGUUAGCCUGUAGGUGAAAUUGUAGUGAGUGAAAGGGCGAUAAGGAAAAAAAAAAAGGUGAGGAUUUGUGCCUUGUGUCGCCAA